UCCACCUCCUCUUUGUUGUUUCUGUCCUCCAGCCUCCGCUGCGCGCGCACACACACAGUCUCUUGCUGGGAUCAGCUGCGCGCUCGCAGUAGUCCGUGAGUCCCUUCCCCCCGCGGCCUGGCUGCUAAAGAGAUGAGUGGAAGAUGUCGGUGUCGGGGCUGAAGGCCGAAUUAAAGUUCCUGGAGUCAAUUUUUGACCCUAACCAUGAGCGCUUCAGAAUAAUCGACUGGAAGCCCGACGAACUGAGCUGCCAGUUCAAUGUGACGGGAGAAAAGCUGCUGAUUAUUCACUGCAACAUCACGGAGUCUUACCCUUCAACCCCACCAAUAUGGUUUGUUGAUUCAGAUGACCCAAGUCUGACUGAAGUCCUCGAACGACUAGAUGAUGUCAGAAAAGGCAAUACCUUGCUCCUACAGCAGCUGAAAAGGCUGAUCUGUGAUUUAUGCCGACUCUAUAACUUGCCCCAGCAUCCUGAUGUGGAGAUGCUGGAUCAGCCUCUUCCUGCUGGACCCAUCAGUCAAGACAAGAAGCAUGGAACAACAGAUGAAGUGACAUCAGAAGAGGAGGAGGAAGAGGAAAUGGCAGAGCAGGAUAUUGAAGAUCUAGACCACUAUGACAUGAAAGAGGAGGAACCAGUUGAUGGGAAAAAGUCAGAGGAUGAUGGCAUUGAGAAGGAGAAUCUGGCCAUUCUGGAGAAAAUCCGCAAGAACCAGAGGCAGGACCACUUGAACGUAAGUGUCCAUUCGGGUGCGGUGUCCGGAUCAGUACAGGCUUCUGACCGCCUCAUGAAGGAACUCAGGGAGAUCUAUAGAUCACAGAGUUAUAAGACAGGUAUCUAUUCAGUGGAGUUGGUCAAUGAUAGCCUGUAUGAGUGGCAUGUCAAGUUAAGGACGGUUGACCCAGAUAGUCCGUUACACAGUGACUUGCAGGUAUUGAAGGAAAAAGAAGGCAUGGACUACAUUCUGCUCAAUUUCUCUUAUAAAGAUAACUUUCCUUUUGAUCCUCCCUUUGUACGGGUUGUGUCUCCUGUCCUGUCUGGAGGCUAUGUUCUUGGUGGAGGAGCCUUGUGUAUGGAGCUACUUACAAAACAGGGCUGGAGCAGUGCCUACUCAAUAGAGUCAGUCAUCAUGCAAAUCAACGCCACCUUAGUCAAAGGGAAAGCCAGAGUGCAGUUCGGAGCAAAUAAGAAUCAAUACAAUCUUGCAAGAGCACAACAGUCAUAUAAAUCAUUGGUUCAGAUUCAUGAAAAGAACGGCUGGUACACACCUCCUAAAGAAGAUGGCUAGGGAAAUCAUUGAUCCGCUUGCACACUGCAAACAUGGGAUAUCUGGUCAAACCUUUGCUUUAUUUUACUAAUGUUUUCACCUCUUCAGCUUGAGUAUGAUGCCCCCUCCUGUAAGUGGAAGCCAUCAGGGGAAACGUUUCUCCUCUUGCUGUCUGGAAUGCUCAGAAAUUUACAUCAUCCUUUAUCUUCUGCAAGGCUGGACACUUUGACCAGAUCCCAUGAUGUCUGGAUUUCUGUCUGUUUCUCAUGCUCCCUUUCUCUCUCUCUCUCUCUCUCUCUCUCUCUCUCUCUCUCUCUCGCUCUCUCUCUCUCUCUCUCUCAUCUAUUGUCUUCUAUACCGAUGGGACGUUCACAGCCUUACUGUACUAACAAGGCAUCCAACAUGCCGUUUCAAAAUGGUCUGAUCAGAGAAAGAAGAAUUUUUUUUUCCCCUCCUUUUUUGUUGCUUCCUCCUCACUUUUACUGGAGCAUGGCUCUGUUCAGGAUUAUUACAUAGAUGGAGAUGCUCAAUGAAGAUGCUGGAUCUGAUCCUCUGUCUGCUUUUAAAGGACAUUCUUAUGGCCAUGGACUUUAAAUGGUGGUUUACUGAACUUAAAACAGGAUAUGGAUGCAACUAGAGACAAUGUGAAGACAAUGUGCCACUGCUCUUGUAUCUAUAGAGACUUUUUUUUUUUUCCCCUCAUGCAUUCUGAGUUAACCUGUACUGGUACAUUUAAUGCUGAUGUCGUCAAAGAAUCGUUAUUUGCCACAAUUAUACGUGUAAGCUUCCUAAGCAACCCUAAUGUUAACGAUAACAGCGAGGAGGAGAGGAAGGGGCGCUUGUACAACUCUAGCUCCAGAUCUCAUUUUUCCAACUAAGGAUGAAUUCCACUCAGUUUCCUCAAGCUUGCUUUUAGCAUGUGGCUGAUCUGACCAAUAAUGGACAAAUGCGAGCUUUGGCUUUGAAAAGGCGAAGCAGAACUUGCUGUCUCUCCAUAGUUGAACAGAGUUCCACUUGUAUACUUGUAAAUGGAUUUGAGGUGUCUUAAAUGUGGUGUUUAUGUGAAGUGGGGGAAUUAACAGUUGUUUUCACAUGCGGACUUGGGACUCGAAAUGGGGAAAAGGUUGAUGUUUUUCAAAAUAACGGGGGUAAUAUCUUAAAAAUUGUAUUUAUAUAAGUGAUAUGAACAUAACAUUUUUUUUUGUUGUUUUUGUUUCUACACUUAAUUGUCAUUUUCAUAAUUUCUGCUCCAUUAAAAAAAACUGUUACAGAUUGAGACAUUUGAGGUUUACAUUACUAAUGGACCUCUCAUGAUCAACAGUACUUCAACUUAGAGUUUGUUUGUCCAUGCUGUCAGUUCAUUUUGUGAGCAUUGAAGAGCGCAAAUAAUACUUUUCUCAUAGCACAACACUACAAGAGCACUGUUUCUUUCCAUGCCUGAUGGACAUUUUUCGCAAUACUCAAGGCGUUAUUUUACCUCUUGGAUUUGAACAUCCAGUAUAAAGUCUUAAGACUGGUCAAUGCUUCAGCAUUCAUGGCGAAAAAGAACUUGUGAAAGUACACCAUACCUCCCUGUUUUUUUUUUUUUUUUUUUUUUGGUCUUUGUUUUGCAGUGUAUUAUAAAACUGGCAGUCGAAGACUCGUGAGCAUGUGAAGGCAUCUCGCAAUUUUCAUUGAAAACUCAGGAAAAGCCAUUCUGUUUGAAACCUUUUUUUCUUGCUCCGUUUGAUCUACCUAUCUACUUUAAGAACCUUCUCUAGUUCCUGAAAGCAAAGAAAAGUAGGAUUUUAACAGCUUCCUGUGGUCGCUAUUUAGUAUUUUAUGAUGGGGUUUGGUUCCAUCUUAAGAAGUGUUAAAGGCCAAUGGUGAUCAGAUUUCCAUUAUGUUUACUGAUUUUUAGUGCUCAGUCAAAUGUAACUUAUGUUUUUGUUGUUGUUUCUCAUUCCUCUGACUUCAGCUUUCAGUUGUAAAUAUUUUGGGACAUUUGGGUUUAGUAUUUGCACAGAAUGUUGUGAUUGUGCCUCUUGGAUCAGUCCUGAGUUUGAACUUCGUCCCAUAACAGGCAGGCUCUUGGAUAUGUAUAUCUUUUACAUGGAUGCAAAUGUAAUCUUUUUCUCCAAUCACAUGUAAAUGUAAUUCAAGAGAGCCACUGCAGCAGGGAUGUCUUGAAUAACUCAAGUAUCUGCUUUGCACGUUAUUUCUGCUGUCUUUUUUCAGAGAUGUGCUUGGUCUUGGGUUUUCAUUGGUGAGAUCUGAAAAAGCAGACCUCAGAAUGGUGUUCAUUUAGAGAGGUUUUCAUCUCAGAAGUACAUCGGAGUUCUCUCAGAUUUCUUGACCUAGGCUUGUCUGAAUUGACCAAGGUUUCUGUAACUGAUGAGUCUUUCUUCUGUUUCCUUGUCUAAACAGUAAUGACUUUUUUUUUUUUCACACCGAACUUGAACCUCACAAUAACCAAUAACAGAACUCGUCUCCGGUGCCAUCUCAUGGAAUGGUUUUUUGAAGCUCACACUGGUGGCAUGCUUUCUGGGUUUUUUUUUUUUUUCUUUUUUUUUUUUUUUUUAAGGUUUUUCCAUUACAAGAGAAUUUUGACCAUGUACAGUAUAUUUGUAAACUUGCAUCAAGUUUAUGAAUAAAGAAUUUUAUGAGGAGCCUU